UAAUUCAUUAUUUAUAUUAAUAAACAGUGGCUAUGUGCAAUACUGAUGCGAACAUGUGGGGGAUUUUGACCGAUUAACGGGUGGAUGUGUCCGUGUGAUUAACAAAUACAGUCUUAUCACGGAUAGAUAAGAUUAACCCCCGGAUCAAGGAAAGAUCUGAUUACCCGAACAUCCUUUGUAAAUCGAUCUAGGGAAGUCGAGUCGUGAAGCAGCCAUGUCUAGCCUGUUUUCAUGUUUUGGGAAGAAAAGCAAGGUUAAAAGAGGGAAUAAGGAACCCAAAGAUAGAUCGAAAAACGCCAAAAGGAAAGAACAGGUUCCAGUUCCCAUCGAGGAUGAGAGAAAACCGCCAUUGGAAGAAAGUGUUCCAGAUAAAGCUCAGUUAAAUGGAGAUGUUCAUAAAGAAGAGAAAGAAGAGGUGGAGGUACCCCCGCCUGAGGAGCCUAAAAGUCCUUUGAUUAAAGAACUGGAAAUUAAACUACAGGAUCGGAAGGAUAAAACUAAAGAAAACGAAGAAACCAAAACAGAAAUAAAAGAAACAGAAGUUAAUUCACCACAAGAGAAGGAUAAAGAAGCUGAAAAGGAAAUUGAACAGAAGCCUCAAAUUACAAUUGUCACCGUGACAGAUGAGGUUGAAAAGAAAGUGUCGACCGUGGAGACGAAGGCACCCACCGUGGAUAUGAAGGCACCCAACGUGGAGAUGAAGGCUCCCAUGGUGGAAAAAGGUGGAGAGGUCGUAGACAAAGCAGCAGAGGAACAGAUAGAGAAACUGAAAUCCGAGAUUGCACAACUCAGAACAGAAAAUAUCAAACUCAGAGAAAACGUAUCAGAGAAUGAGAAACUAAAAAAUAUAUCAAAAGAAAAAUCACAAUUAGAAGAGAAAAUCAAAAGUUUGGAAGAUUCUUACAAACAACUUCAAGCAAAAGAAAAAGAAACAAAUGCUGAAUAUGAAAAGUUGAAGAAAUCUGUGUCAAAAGAAGGUGAUAAGUUUAAAGAUGAGGUGGAAGAAAGAUUAGGACUUGCUCUCAAAGAGAGACAGCAAAUUUUAGAGUCAUUUGAGGAAAUCAGUAAGUUGUGCUGUAAUCUUGCCCCUAGAAUUGACAAUAUUGAGUCCACAAAGGUUACGCCAAACGAAGAGGAUAUAACUCCGCGGAUAGACAGCUUGGACGAAUCCCAGAAACUGGUCAACAAAGACGUAACAACGCUAAGACACCAUAUAGAUGAACUAGAAUUACGAAUCAUUCGUCUGGAAGUUGACAAAGACAACCUGGAAGAUCUUCAUAAUGAAGAAUCCCUUGCUUUGGACAAAACAAAAAAGGAAAACACUAUCUUAUUGAGUAAAAUAAAGAAACUAGAAAUAGAACUAGAAGGAAAGAAGACAAAUUUAGUCCGAGUGGAAAAAGAGAAGGCUCAAAUGUCAACACAGCUAUCGUUGCUCAUGACAGAAGUUGAAAACUUGAAGCGGAAGAUGGACGAAUUGUCCGUUGCUCACGGUGAAAAAGAAGCAGAGUUAGAAAAUUCCAUAAGGAAACAUUCAACUCUGAACGAGGAAAUUAAAGUCCAGGGAAUUAAAAUUCAGACGAUGACUUCAUUGAUCAAAGAAAAAGAAGAAGCCUGUAACAAAGCGGAGAAGAAACUCCGGGAAGCCAAAAAACUCAACGAGGAACUUAUGAAAAGGUUACAUGAACAAGAAAGUAAGAAACACAAUGGUACCAGUCCAGUGAAAGUGAAUGGUGCCUCCUCCCUCCAUCCCCAAGCCCCUCUCGCAGACGACAUAGAUCGUCUUCGCAAAAUCUCAGAGCGGUUCUCUGUGGAACUCUAUGGUGGCCUUUGGCGGGAAGCCUACGAAAAACUUACAACAGUAUUCAAAAGAGAGGAAAAGAAAUCGUUACAAAUACUAAUGGACUUCUGCACCGAAGCAUACCUCCAUUGUCGCAGAACAGCCAGACAACAAUUGGAUUCGGUGUACUCGCUGUUGACCAAUCCUUCCGUCGCACACGGACGUAACAGCAUCAGCAGACGAUCUCCAUCAUCCAAUUUAUGUAAGAAUAUUAUUAUACAGAAACAGUCAACGCCAGAGAACAUACCGCCAAGUCUUCGUCAACAGAUUGUCCAGUUCCGGAAAGAUCCAUCCCGAGAUUUUCUAGACAGUUUGUACGAUGACUUCCUAAGUGUCUUAGAUUUCCAGAAGUCCCGACACCUCAGGAGUUUCCAUAUGAAGGAAGUGAAGGAUAUCGCCCCCUACAUCACAAAAUGUCUGGCCAUCAGCUGGGAAAUGGUAGUCCAAGAUCCGCCUAUGUAUUUACAGUUCAAAGUCAGACACGGAACCCCCGUAGAUAGGGAAAAAUACAACUUUUACACCAUUGAGGGCGAUGUUGUGGAUUAUCUGGUGUGGCCCGCAGUGCUUAGGGAAGAAAACGGGGCCGUCCUGCAAAAAGGAAUGGUGCAGGCGAUUUCAUCCAGACCGGGUUAAUAAAUUUCAUGGUUUACAAGUGAAAAUCAAAUUCAAUGUAAAUGGGUCCACUUGACACACAAUCGGCAUUUCUUUCAGAGAAGAAAUUAUACAUGGUUUUAUCAUGUUUUCUAUGCUCAGAUUGGGUUUGUACAAAUUGAAAUCGUGUUGUGAUUUAUUUAUUUUUAUUCAUUGCGCUUUUGUGUUUACAAUGAUUUAUACUAAAACUUUUGUCUCUUCGCCUGAGUCCCUAAUACGUUUAUCCUCGUCUUUGUUCAAAGCACUGCCUUGAUGAGUUUACUGCCUAAUCCAGAAUAAAGUCGUAUCGCAGAUUUUUUUUUUAUGUAGAGUAGGAUUUUUUUGCAUCAAAAUCAUCGAUUUAUUGGUUAUUGAACGAUUGGACUUGUUUUGCUUUUUGUGUUGUGUUCAUGGACUAGUCCUUUAAUUUGCUUUAGACACGAAUUAUACGUACACGUUAUUUUUAAGGAUGGUGUAUUUGUAAACAGGGAAUAGUUUUAAUUGAUGCUCACAUGAUUGCAUAAUCUAGUCAUCGGACUGGUGUUCGGUUUUCACCACCUAUAGUAUUACAGAUAUUGCAAUACUUCGUCUCAUUGGUGCCAUUUUAGAGGUAGAUAUUUUACCAUACAUUAGACACAAUGCUUAUUUAUAACCACAUUUUAUAAUUAUCGAAGAAAUCAAACUUUUUUUUAUAGAUUUUUUUAAUAAUGGCAGUUUUAACUGCAGCUUUUAAACUACAAUUUUAUGGAAUGCGCAUUUUUUGCAGCAUAUCAUUCCUAUAGUAAGAGAGACUCUCAUACAUGGGGACAUUAAUUUUUGCUUGGCAUUUGACCUUGUGUUUUGUAAUUAAGGUUGUUUAAGAUAACAAAAUGUACAUUUGUUGUGUCUUUUUUGUUGUUGAGAAUAAAAAUAAUAAACGCAAUA